AUGGAGGCCGACCAGUUGGCCGUCAGACUCGACGAUUUGAGGGCCAUCGCCGAUGCCACCUUUCGAUUGACCUUUAGCUUCACCAAAAGCGACAACAAGUUGAAAUCGGAGAUCCGGGCCGUUGCUAACGAAAUACAAGACAUCGCGGGCUUGUUGCAUCGACUUUCUCUGUUAGCAUCAGGACUUGAAGAGACUAAGGACCAUGAUUCGGACAUCAAUGCUGCCCCGCCCCCACUGAUCUCAUGUCGCACCACCUUAGAACAACUAGGGGGAUCGCUAAGGAGACGAACAAAUAGAUCGGGCGACGACGGAUGCGAACAGAAAAGGUACGCCGAUGUCAAGUGGCCAUUUACGAGGGCCUGGACAACAGAUCUCCUGAAUGAACUGAGUGAGCACAAGAAGACAAUUUCAGAAGGAUUGAAUGGAGAAUCAAUCAAACAUCUGUUACAGUUACUAUCAAAAGGGAAGUCUGUGGCAACCAUACGUGACGAAGACUGGAUAUCCGAAGUUUUCACCGACUUUCUCCAAUCCUCUGGGUAUUUCCAAGGCAUCUAUAUGGUCCUCAAUACCUUUCUACGCGCCCGAGAAGAUUCAUACAUCAAGAUACAAGAUCGAUACAAACACUUGUCAAUACAGUCAAGCUUUUUCCAAGGAGAAGACUUCGAAAAUUGGCUUGAUAAGGGAGGAUCACACCUUCUCUUCACAGCUCCUCCGGGCGGGGGGAGAACCGCCUUCACCGGCGCACUAGCACGGGAAACCUUUCGGCGACGCCGUGCACGAACUGUUGUUGUACCCAUCUACUUUGAGCUUCUAAGUGGAUGGACCAGAUGGACCACGGAUAUGAACAUACUUGGCACCAUCGUUGCUCUGAUCGCGCGCCAGAAUCAGGGCGCGUUCGAAGUCUUACGCCGAUAUCGUCGCGACCUAAAUAUCCAACCGAGAUGGGCAACAAACGGAGCGAGCAUGGAAGGACUGAAAGGUGUUCUUUGGCAAAUGUCAACUUUCUUUGAACAUGUCUUGGUCAUUGUGGACUGCUCAAAGUCUGGCGGAGAUGGCAUCAUACCGAUGAUCGCCUCUUUGUUAAAGACUUCCAAAGAAUCCGCACCGAACUUUAGUUUGGCAGUGGUUUGUCAAGACCUCGAGUUUGUUCGGGAGUCUUUGGGCGAAUCCGUCACUAAAUGUGACAUUGCACCAUCCAUGGCCAUCUUGCAGGCUUUCGCUGCCACCGAGGUAGAAAGACGAGUCAGGACCGGGGCUCUGCGGUUCCAACGGACAGCAGUGAAGGAUGCUACGAUCCGCAAACUCAGCGUUGGUGACGACCAUGUCUUCUGGAAGAUCGCAUAUCAACUCGACCACCUCUGCUCCUUGCAGUCCCACUCUGAGCAGGUUGAGUUUUUGGAGAAGCUCCCAUGCUCGCUGCACGACACCUACCGCUUAACGCUGGAAGAAUUUCAAAAGCGGACGCCAGAAUCUCGAAGCUUGAUCCUCAGGGCUUUACAACUGACGAAAUGUUCGCGCCACAAACUGAGUGCCCAAGAGUUCUGCCAAGCCCUUUCAGUUUCAGGCAUUUCCGGGCUAGAUCCUGAGAUGUUGGAAUAUCCGGAGGUGGACGAAUCAGAGAUUCUGCGACAAUGCAGUCCUAUGAUCAUAAGAUCGCUGGAUGGCAACAAGUUUGCGUUUGCGCACGAUUCGAUUGAAAGCUUCCUUACGCAUAGAUAUAUCGACCAAUCCAGCGAUUUGGCCGCAUAUUGUCUCACGACUUCCGGAACGAAUCGGCUUCUUGCUACCUGUGCACUCAAGUUCCUGACCUUAGGUCACUUCGCUCGACUUCCAAGCUUAUCGUUGUCAGAAGUGGAUUACAUAAGGACCAGGAACGAGAGAUACCCCUUUUACAGGUUCGCCGCACUGACUUGGCACAAAAUUGAUGUCAGUCAUUGGCAGGACCCGGAGUUGGUCGUGGAAGCCAUGGCGCUUUUUGACCCCAAACAGACAACAAACUUCAAGGCUUGGUGUCUUGAGAUCUGCCGCCAACACAGAAUGAACGGCGACUGUAACAAUUGGAGAGGACGGAAAGACAGAGGCAUAAUCAGGAGGCCCCCAUCUACCUGUUCCGAAACUACGGAAGUCAACUCUUCCGCCGCAACAUGGUCGAACAAAGAUUUAGGAGAUAGUACUUCAGAUACCCCACCUCAUCUGGGAUCAUCAUCCUCCGCAAGUCCUCCUCUGAGGAAGAAGAUGUCCAAACGAUCUUGGGCAGCAGGCCAGACAAGGCGCCUUGCACGUGUGCUAAGGCGAGGCGACUUUACUCCAUUACACAUGGCCGCUCUCCUGGGCAUCGAUGCCGUCUGCUCGGAGUUGAUUCGAAUUGGAGAAAAUUACAAUCGACCGAGCAAGAUAGGGACCCCUUUGCAGUGUGCGAUUGGAGGUACUUUACUCAUUGGUGACCACGAUAUCCCGGCGGGCAAUUCUCCAUUGCCACCAUGGCUCAGCCGACCACGUAAAAGCACUGUUGAGCUGCUGAUCAAUGCGGGAGCGGAUUGUACACGAGAUUUGCCUAGUCAGACAUACCCUUGGAGCACUGUCGGUGCUUUGGCCCUGAAGACCUCAGAAUGGGCUAGGAAUUCUGAAAUCUUCGCGGUUGUCGUUAGAGGAGGUGCUCAACUGCACGAUGACAUUAUCGCUGUGUUCAGGCCGAUCUGUCGCAAGUGGUCAAAGCAUAAAGAUACAGGAGCCAAGAAACAUAUUCAGGAAAUCUUGGCAAUCUUAAGCGGAAUGGUCGAUAAGAAAGAGGGCGAAUCGCUUGCUUAUCUCAAAGCUUUCCAGAAGGCGGUUUCGGAAACCACUGACAUCGAUAUACCAUUGCCUGUCUCGCAAGGCAUCUCCGAUGACAUGAUUGUCCAACACAUGUGGAAAUCAAUCGACGAUGACAACUUGAAAGCGAUAGAGGAUCAAUCUCAAAGCAACACAAGAAUCAAGGACCUCCUGAAAGGCGACAUCUUGACGAAACUGCUCGACUUCGCUGUCGCAUGCUCAGCUGUCAACUGCUUGGACCACUUGCUCACAAAUUACAUGGCCGAAAACGGCCCAAAUGACUGGAAAAGCAAAGCUGUGCUUUAUUGCGUCGAAGAUGGAAAGCAAGAAGUCCUCUUAUGCUUAUUGAAGGAUGGUGCUCAAACCAUGAGAGCCAAUGCGAGAGGAAGCACCAUUUGGCAUCUCGCAGCUGCUAAAGCUACCUCAACUGGAAUUCUAAAAAUCUUACUUGAAAACAGUGACGAGGAAGAACGAAAAGAUGCCUUGAGAAUGUUGAAUGAGAGUGGCCGUACCGUGCUUGCCAAAGCGCUAGUCAGCAAACAGUACUCAAACGCCUCUAUCAUCCUCAAAUACUGCAAAAAGGAUCGUGCGUGCCUCAAGAGCAGACAUCCAUCACUACCUCACCUUGUGGCGGGUAUUCAGGAUAGCCUCUUACUCAAGGAGUUGCAUGAUUGCGAAAUGUUCGAAUUUGUGGCUAAAGACACGCCUCUCAAUUACUUCCAUAUAGAAGAUUCAGCAGGUGUGGAAGCGACUCGCCAACUCCUGGAAAUAUUUCCCUACCCUUGUUCCGACCAGCCUCCAACACCCUUAAGGAUAUACCUGUCAAGAUCCGACUUGAACAUCUACAAGAAAGAACUUGUAACACUUCUUGUCCAGAAAGAGCUGUCUGCCGCACCUAUCGUCAACGGUAUUCAUACCUGGCAGUGGUUCUGCAAAAGCGUGCAGGGUUAUUUCAGAAGAGCAUCAGAAGCUGAGGCCUGGGAAGUUGUCGAACUUGUGAAGCUCAUGGUCCAUCUCGGUUGCAUGGACGAUUAUGAAAAAGCUAGAGAAACAUCUGGGCUGGUAGAGAUCGUUCCUCUCUUUGAUGUCGACUCAAUGCCGAGGGCGUUUACACCUGACAACGACGCUGUACUUGCGACUGAAGAGAUAUUCGGCAUUGUUCAUGACACAACGACCUUACCUCAGUACUACAAAAGUAGUGGUAUGGAUAUCAAGGUCAUCAAGUGGACUAUUGCUCACAAUUCUUGGCACCUGUUUCGUCGUCUUAUCCACACGGAUAUUGAUGUUCAUAAGAGGGACGGGAGAGGAAACUUGUUAGAGUACGUGUGCUCUCACGGUACCGAAUUCAACGGUCAUAGGAUGCUCGCGAAUCUUUUAGAACGAGCUGAGAAAGAUCGUCUGAACGAGCUGAAUCCCGACGGAAACCUUGGUCUCUUACACCUACUAGGAAUGCCAUAUGGCAAGGAGGACUUAUCUUCAGAUAGUAGUCCCUUGUUCAGUCCUAGUUUUAUCCCGAUGGAGAACUUCAGUCAACCACAAGGUUCAGCUUGCCCAAUGCGUUUAGGGCCGGGGGGAUUCGCGGCAUUGAGGAUACCACGCGACAACCCAAAGUUUAGCAUACUCCAACGACUGCUUGACGAGCACAUGGAUCGCAAGCUUCUCAGCAAAAGGGGUAAUUUUUCAGCCUUGAGUACGCACAUAAGAUACUGUUAUCUUGACACGGCACGCCUUUUACUUUUACGCGGAUCACCAGAGACUCUCUCUACCUCUGACAAGUUUGGGUGGACUCCUGUAGCGUGGGCAUGCGCGCAUGGCUACAAGGAUAUCAUCGACCAGAUGGCUGCAUCCUCCUGUUCUGAAUCUAUUUGGGACUUCCAGGUUGAGGUGACAUUGGGUGUUGAAGCAGCUCCCUCAUUCACAAAGCCCUACCGUGGCCUCUGCGCUCUGCACCUUGCGGUACUUGCCUCGGCAAAGACUGUGUCGUUUCUGCUGAAUAACGGUUUUGCCUCAGACCUUGACAUCACUGAUGCACAAUUGCAUACCCCUUUACACUUUGCCACAAUGUUUGGGCAGCUGGAAACCAUCAAAGAACUUGUUUCUCGGGGGUCAAAUAUCAACGCUAAGGACUGCGACGGAUGGACCCCCUUGCACUUCGCAAUCCAUCUCGAGAAGAAAGACACUGUUGAGCUCCUUCUGGAGCUCGGCGCGGCCCAUAUGGAGACGAAGAAAGGAGAAACGCCGCUCGAUUUUGCUAUGCCCAAGGAAGAAUACUAUAUCAAACGAGUUCAAAGGUCCAUUCAACAAAACCUGAAGACUGGCGCAGAAAUUCACUGUGACAAGCAAUGGCUGGCCUCUCUCUCUCGGACCAUGGAAAAGGCCAUCAUUGACGGCGAUACUAAAAUCUGUAGAAAGAUUCUUAAGGAAGGUUGCCCGGUGGACAUCAAGAUGAGAUCUUGCCAUACUUGCACAGCUCUCAUAUUCGCUUUGUCACGUAACGAGGUGUCUGCGAACAUCGUCGACACCCUGGUGGAACACGGAGCAAGUUUCCGUGGAACUACCUGUGCCCGCCAUACGUGCGGAAAUUUCAAGCGAUACGGUAUCCGCCAUUUCAGCGACUACACUUCAGACAACUCCUCAUCUUCCUCAUCCUCCUCAUCAUCUGAUAGUGACGAUAACAAAAAGUACCGGCAGUAUGCCUGGCCAUCGUUUGGAUCUACCAGUCUUGACAUGCUCAUGUGGGAGGAUGAUUUGUUCGAGAAAAUUUCAACAUGGCUAUGCUCCGUUCCGGAAGAAGACAUGAUAUGGCUCAUUGACAAUUCCAUAGCCGUCCAUGUAGCUGUGGAUCGCGGCAGCCUCAAGGCUCUACAGGUUCUCUUAUCUCACGCUGCUAAGAUCGGUGAUGGUCUUCACAGAAACUUGGCUUAUGAGCUUGUGAACAGGACUGGAUGGCAUUCUGGGCCCUACGUAGCCUCGCCUCUUCAGGACGCAGUCGAUGCUUGCAACCUGGAGCUUGUCCGCCUUCUCCUCGAAUAUGGAGCAGAAGUUGACAAGAAAACCACAGCGAAGGGAACUGCCCUUCACCAAGCCGCGAAUCACGAAAGCAUCGAGCUUGCACAACUUCUUUUGGAGCACGGGGCCUCGCUUGCAUCCAGAGAUUAUAACCGUGGAUUCACCCCUCUGGAAGAAGCAGUUCAGUCUGGCAACACCGAAAUGGUGAACCUCUUUUUGGAUCGUGGGGCAUCUGCAUCCCUCUUCAAACGAUAG